AUGGCGUUCCCGACCAAGCCCUCGGGCGCCUCCGCCGCUGCCUACGCGGCCCGCUCGCGGCCGGUGGGGCGCCUGCUGAACGGCGGGCAGCCGCAGGCGUGCAGCCUGUGGAGCACGGUCAAGCAGUUCGCGCUGAGCCGCAGCAAGCAGGCGCGGUUCGUAGCGGAGGCGGAACAGAGCGGUGCACCAGAGCUUCCCGCGCCGCGAUCAGUCGUUGCCGCGGCCGGCGCGGGCAGCGAGCCCAUCGAGACCGCGGCCUGGGGGACCCCGCCAUUCAACACGGCGGCUAAGAUCAAGGUCAUCGGCGUCGGGGGCGGGGGGUCCAACGCAGUGAACCGGAUGGUCAACACCGACGUGCAGGGCGUCGACUUCUACGUCGUGAACACCGACGCGCAGGCGCUCGCGAACUCGUCCGUGGACUCGCGCAACCGGAUUCAGAUCGGGGGUCAGCUGACGCGGGGGUUGGGCGCGGGGGGCAACCCGGACGUGGGGGGGCGCGCGGCGCUGGAGAGCAGGGACCUGCUCGAGGACGCGAUCGACGACGCGGACAUGGUCUUCGUCACGGCGGGCAUGGGCGGCGGGACCGGCUCGGGCGCCGCGCCCAUUGUCGCCAACACCGCGCGCAGCCGCGGCGUGCUCACGGUCGGCAUCGUGACGCUGCCCUUCACCUUCGAGGGCCGCCUGCGCCGCCAGCAGGCCCUCGACGCCAUCAACAACCUCCGCGACGAGGUCGACACCCUGAUCGUGAUCCCGAACGACAAGCUCCUGGAAACCGUCGACGGGAACCUGCCCAUCGUGGAGGCGUUCAAGGUCGCGGACGACGUCCUCCGGCAGGGCGUGCGCGGCAUCUCGGACAUCAUCCAGGUCCCGGGGCUGGUCAACGUGGACUUUGCCGACGUCAAGGCCGUCAUGUCCAACGCCGGGACCGCGCUGAUGGGGCAGGGGCGCGCGUCCGGGAAGGGCCGCGCGCGCGAGGCCGCGCUCGCCGCCGUCGCGAGCCCGCUCCUCGACGUCGACGUCGACAACGCCACGGGCAUUGUGUGGAACAUCACCGGCCCCGCGGACAUGACGCUGUUCGAGGUCAACGAGGCCGCGGAGGUCAUCUACGACCUCGUGUCGCCCGAGUGCAACCUCAUCUUCGGCGCCGUCGUCGAGGACGGCCGCGCGCAGUCCUCGGAGGUGUCGAUCACGCUCAUUGCCACGGGCCUCCAGGGCUACAAGGGCGUCGGCGGGGCCGCGCGGGUGGAGCGCGCGCCCGCGCCGCAGCGGCAGGCCGCGCCGCAGCAGCCCGCGCCCGCGCCCGCGCCCGCGCCGCGCGCGCCCCCGAGCGGCGGGGCGGCGUGCAGGUGCCCAGCUUCCUGCGGAAACGGUCGCGGAGGUGAGCGCCGGCGGGGGGGGGAGUCGGGCGCGCCGGGACGACGCGGAGGCGGGGCGGCCGCGUGGCGGGGCGGCGGGGUAGUUGCGGGCGGCGGGGGGCCCGGGGGGCGCGUGUGA